UUUUCCGAAUUUCUGUCAUUUUUAAAAUCUGCAAAAAUCUCCUGUAUAAAUGGCGUAAAUAGUGAAUCUAUCAUUAAUUGUACAUUGUAUAUAGUUUCUUGUAUAGUUAGUGAUAAUAUUUUGUGUUGUGCGAUCGAAACUAGUGUAAAAAUUGUGAUCGAUUAUUGUGUUUGUGUACAGUGGGAAAUCUUCUCGCAAAGCCGACGCCGACCGAAGGAACAUUAAAAUUUUCGUAUAAUACAGUUUGCUGAUGCUCAAGUUCUGAACAAAACUACAAAAGUGAUACCAAUGAAGUGGCUCGGUAACGGUUGUGGGGGUGAGGGAGAUGGUAUAGUAAAAAACGAAAUGGAUCGAGGAGGAGGUGCUUUAGGGGGUCCCCAGCGCACUCAGGACGAUGCCGCCGUGGGCUACGUGUUCCAAAGGGGCCCCGACCCUGAAUUCCCGCCAUUCGGGCCUAAACAACUGAGAUGGGCUCACGGAGAUGACAGCAUUAUCGAUAAUCAGGAUAAAUGGAAGUACUCCUCGAUUGGACAGGGUGCAGCUAGUUCGGCUUCGCCUUCUAUGCAACCGAAAGUGCCCACUCCUCCCACUGGCAUGCCUGGUGGUGCGGCACAUCAUUACGGGGCAGCUUUGCCAUCUUCUUUGUACGAUUUGGGACAUAGUAAACCACCAAUGCAACAAAUUCCACCAGAGCAGCUAAUCUAUAUGCCUCCAGGGGGGCACCAAAUGGGGCCUCACGGUCCCGGAGGUUUGUCCUUACACCAUCACUACUUGCAACAACAGUCUUUGGCUGCUGUACAGGCUGCACAACAGCAGUCGUUAAGACAAGCACCAACAGACAUAAGACAUCUACAACAGCAGCAGGUGAGUCACACCGUACCAAGAUCCUUCGAGGCAGCGAAUAUGAUUGCCCCAUCGGCUAAAAAACUAUGGGGAUUGGAGACCAAAGACGGCAAGUCAUUGGCGCUGAACCAUUUAAAUCACGAGGGUGUUUGGAGGGAUCCCACAUGGGCCGCACCUGGUGAUCAUGCAGUUACAGCACCUUUGGCCAUGGGACGUAGAGGUGGUUUUCCAGGCGGGGCAGGUGAUCCAGGUGGUAUUCUAUCUCCUAGAGGAUCAGACGGUCCUGGAGGAUUGGGUGUCAAAAUGGUGGAGUACGUGCUGGGUACUUCUCCGACAGGCGACAAAAGCGGUCAGGUCGUACCUGUGGGUUUGGAACCACGCAUGCGCGCACUACAUUUGGACGACAAAGAUCAAAAAGACGGCGGCAAAAGCCAGCAGAGCCCCAAAGACGGACAGGACCAGGGAGUGAAUGGUCAAGUUGCACAGCAGCAAGUUAACGGGCAAGAUGAUGACAAAGGCUUCAACCGUACCCCAGGCAGUCGUCAACCCUCCCCAGCCGAGGAGGACUUGAAUAAAAAUGGCAUCGUCGCUCCAGGUGGCAUCGGUGGUCUCGAUCCGGCAACCAUGGGACUCGUUCUAAAACAACCCCCUCCUGUUGAUGGUGGAGGUGGACCCCUACAUCCGCACCAACACCAAUUGCAUCAUUUACCACCACAUUUGGGGCCUCACUUGGGGGUUACCUUGGCGGAAAGUGUCAACCAGCAGUUUGCUGACCAUUUUGCAGAAACUCAACAGGCCGCGGCAGGGCAAGCAUAUGAUCAAACGCAGCACCAGCAGUUUGCAGCUCAGCAGCAUCAAGUGGAGAGUGCAGUGUUACAGCAGCAACAGCAUAAUUUUGAUGUACAGCAACUAUUCCGAUCUCAGCAAUCACAAGCAACUACUCCAGGGGCAGCUGCACAGUUACAACUCCUACAACAGCAACAGCAGCAACAGUAUUUGGCAGCUGCUCAGCAACAGCAAGCGGCAGCUGCAGCUUUCACUCAGCCCGGUCCUUACGUGUUAAAUGCUCAGCAGGCUGAGCCAUACUUGAUUACCGCUGGAGUACCAGCACAGUACUACGGUGUUGGUCCAUGGGUUUAUUCUGCACCACCAGCUAACUUAGCUGCACUACAACAGGGAGCUAGCAAUGGAGUACGACGGCCACUUACUCCUAAUGGCACGAAUGAAGCUCAGCAACAAGUACAGCCGGGAGUCCCAGCCGGCAGCUACAUCGUGCCCGCCGCCUACUACGAGCAGGGCGCCGCUCCGAUCCUCGUUGCCCAAGGCGCAGCGGCCGCGGCGGCUGCGGCGAUGCGCAACGGCCACGCGCCGAUGCGCCUCGUAAGCCCGGCCGCGCCCGUACUGGUUCAACCGCCCGGCGCAGCGCAAGGUCGUGCGGCGCAGAGCGCGGCUGCGGCUUCGCUGUACGGCGCAGCUGCGGGUGCCGCGCAGGGACUGUACGGCGCGGCUGCGGCGGCUGCUGCAGCUGGAGUUAGUACUUCGGUGAAUGGAACCACUUUGGGAGGCGUGGCUCAGGGCGUGGCCGGGUCGGGUCUGUUUCCCGCCCUCCCUCCGUCUGCCGCUCCGUUCGGCGGAUCGUCGCAGCUGGGCGCGAUCGGGUCUACUGCGCAGCAGCAACAGCAGCAAGCCACGUCACAGCUUCAUUCAGGAUUAGGACUAAAUACAACUACAACAGGUCGGAGAGAUUCCUUCGACAGAAAUACCUCAGCAUUUUCACCUUCGCUGGACUACAGACAGAAAUGGACUACAUCGUACAACAUAGGCAGCAGUCCCAGCCCAUUAGCAGGAAGUUUGACACCACCGCCUGCACCAUUGCAACUUGGGGGAUUAGUUAACUCUAGAGUAAUCAAUGAUUCUUUUCAGGUACUAUCAGCUGCUCCGGGGGCUGAAGCUAAGUAUCGCAACUCGGUGGCCGCUGGGUUAAAUGCCACCACAAUGUUUGGUUCUACAAACUCCUUAUUUACAAAAAUAAAUUCUUCUCUCACAUCCGUUCCUAGCACACUAGAUAAAACACCACAGGGUAGAUCAAGACUUUUGGAAGAUUUCAGGAAUAACAGAUAUCCAAACUUGCAAUUGAGUUUUUUAAUUUCCAGAGAUUUAGCCAAUCACAUUGUCGAGUUCUCUCAGGAUCAGCACGGUUCUAGAUUUAUUCAACAGAAACUGGAAAGAGCGACCGCCUCAGAGAAACAGAUGGUCUUUAAUGAAAUUCUUUCCGCUGCUUACAACCUCAUGACUGACGUGUUUGGCAACUAUGUAAUUCAGAAAUUCUUUGAAUUUGGCACGCCUGAACAGAAGACAACAUUAGCCCAAAAGGUUAGAGGACAUGUUUUGCCCUUAGCUUUACAAAUGUAUGGUUGCCGCGUAAUACAAAAAGCUCUGGAGUCUAUUCCGCCAGAACAGCAACAGGAAAUAGUACGGGAACUGGAUGGACAUGUUCUAAAAUGCGUGAAAGAUCAGAAUGGCAACCAUGUGGUACAGAAAUGUAUUGAAUGUGUAGAUCCGAAUGCGCUACAAUUUAUAAUUUCGUCGUUUUCUGGACAAGUCUACACACUUUCUACCCACCCGUAUGGAUGCCGGGUAAUUCAACGCAUUCUGGAACACUGUACACCCGAACAAACAGCUCCUAUCUUGGCCGAACUACAUCAGCAUACUGACCAGCUCAUUCAAGACCAAUUCGGCAACUAUGUAAUCCAACAUGUACUAGAACAUGGAAAACCUGAGGAUAAGUCGCAGUUAAUCAACAGCGUUAGAGGAAAAGUUUUAGUUCUGAGCCAACACAAGUUUGCCAGCAACGUUGUAGAAAAGUGUGUUACUCACGCUACAAGGGCUGAAAGAGCCUUGCUAAUAGAAGAAGUCUGCGGAUUUAACGACAAUGCCUUACACGUCAUGAUGAAAGACCAGUACGCGAACUAUGUAGUUCAAAAAAUGAUCGACGUGAGUGAACCAACGCAAAGAAAGGUUCUGAUGCACAAAAUAAGACCGCAUCUGAACUCCUUACGUAAAUAUACGUACGGCAAACACAUCAUAGCAAAACUGGAGAAGUAUUUCAUGAAAGCACCAGGCUCUAUUUCUAUUGGUGGCGAAUUGGGUCCCAUAGGACCCCCGACCAAUGGCGUUUUGUAAAACAUAACCUAUCCAAUUCAAAACGGAUGAUUUGCGCUGCAGACGACGCAGAAAAGCUAAAUGAAAGCAUUUUUUGAAAUGAAUGAUACAUAAUAAUGUUUUUUGAGCGCUAUUUGAGAGAUCUUGGCCAGACUUACGUCAUUAUAGUAAGGAAUGCAAAUAUUCUAAAGGCAUACACACACCUAUAUUUUUAAUUUACAUGGUCAGUCUCUUUCUGCACUGCAAAAUAGAAGAAUUUGAAGUGUCUUAUAAUAUUUGCAUUUGGUACUGACAGUUUUAAACUUCUUUUAAUUAUUUUCUUUUUAAUUAAAAUGUCCUACAGGGUGAUUGUAGGAAUGAACAGGUAUUAACGAAUAUUUAAUAUGAGUAGACUAUAGUUUAUUUCACAAAAGAUGAUGGUUUCAAUUUUUUGUACAAAUACAAAAUAACACAAGAUUGUGUUAUAUUCUAUCUUUGCCUCACUUUUGUGUUUCAAUUAAAAGGUUAUAUGCGUAAUACUUGACACAUGAGAGUUACCUCAAGGGAUGGUAUUUUCUAACAUGUUUGUACUAUAUUUAGUACAUUUUUAAAAUGAAAGAAUAUUACAAAUUGUACAUUACAAGCAAAAGUUAACCAAGUUAGUUAAAGGAUGUGAUCGCAUUCAUUUUUGUACGACAUUUAGUACACUUUUAAUAUGAAAGAAUAACGUUAUUAUUGGAUAUUUCAAACAAAAUUUGAGCGAUCUAAAAAAGAUGUUCUAUCAAUCACUUAAGGUAAUGAUAUAUUUUUUGUUGUACCAAAAAGUUAUGAACUUUAUGACCUGAAUGAAGUCAUCUUUAGUGAAAUAGACUAUACAUCGCCCUGUUGAGUACUCUGGCCCGGAAAAAAUGCGCCUUUCCAGUAUUCUUUCAUUUAAAAUCUUUAUUUUAACGAAUAUUUUUUUGUUAAUUCAUCAAUUUUUUUAGAGAGUGACUUUUUACUUUAUAUAUAUAAUGGUUUAGCUUAUAAGUUUUAAUGUUAGCUUUGCUAGUUAGGAGGUAUAUAAUAUGUACAGCUGCCACUGGAUUUUUGGGCCGUUUUCUCUGCGCACAUUUUAACAGACUAGUGACGCAGAGGCGGCUCGUUAUUCCAGAGGCGGACCAAUUCUUUUUUUUUUCUGUGUAUUAUAGUUGUAACUUAUAUAUAAUAUUUUUUUUUCAUUUAGGAGCUUUUUUUUCGUUUUAUCAUUAAUUCGAUGGUUUUUAACUAACCUAAAGAGUUUUUAAACUUUUCAUCAAAUAAUUUUUGAAAAGUUUUAGAUUCAUUAUAUAGACUUGAAUUUAAGCGUAUAUAUUUUAAUUUUAUUCAUUCGACUGCUUUGGUAGGUUUUUUCGUAUAAAAUAGCCAGUUAAAAGGGUACUAUGACACUGUUUUUUUUUCGUUUCAUAAUGAAUUUGAAGAAGAAAACGCGAGUGCCCUGAUAAUACGUAGCUUAGAGGUUUGGCAUCAACGCUCUUUAUUUAUUAUCAAACACUUUUAGUAGGUUUCUUUUUAUUUAUAGUAAGUAAUUUUAAUUUAAUUUUUCCUUUUUUUUUCUUUCUAUUUGACGGCUGUUUGUUUAGGAAAAAUAUUUCUUAGUUUUCGGAAUCUCAGAAUUUUUCACCAUGACAUAACCAUGGUUUAAAUAAAAUAAACUUAUAUAAUAACUAACUAUUAAAUGGAUAAAAUUGUAUAUAUAGUCAUUUUUAGACUUAUAUUAACUUAUAUAAAACACGGUGAAGAUUGAAACUAAAAUUUCCCGGUAUUUAAUACUAUAUGCGCGAUAUUGUUAUCUUGGUCUGUUUCCGAGUUUAGUAUACAAGGUGUGUCUUGAAUAGGUGUAAUUAUUUUAAAUUUAAGACUCCAAAAUCAUACAAAAAAAUGUUGAAAAUUUUACAUUUUUUCCUUCUUACAUUUUUAGAAUUUUUUUUUAAAGUUUUUAAUGCCACAAGUUCUUCCUCCUGAAACUUCUUGAUGGCCUUGAAUUGUUGUCAAUUCUUAUGGUAUCCACGUUUUGUAUAUUUGUGUGUUUUUAUAAAUGCACAGUAUUUUUACUUUUCUACAUGAUAAAUUACAGAAAUUAUGUUAUUUAAUUGUAUUACUGAAAUUUUAGAAAAAAAUGCGCUGUAAAUACUCAUUUAUUUUAAAUUAUUUUAAAAUAGCAAAUAGGUAAAAUACGGUUCUUUUUGUUCACAAUUACAACCCCCUUAAAAUACUUCCACUUAUUUCAGGGACACCCUGUGCAAACUUGCUCUAACGUUAAUUGAAGUUUUAAAAGUCGUUCUUUAGGCGUUGGCUUAUUAAACUUUGAAUAUUAAUUAUUAAAAAUGAAUUGACCAAGAUAAUUGCGAUAUCCUCUGUAUAUCUCCGUCUCUUAUUGUCUUAAACUCACAUACUUGCACCUUUUACGUGUCGAUACCUUUUAAAUAUAUUGUGAUAUAGACCUCAGGAAGUAAAAUUAUUCUUGAUCGUCGUUUUUCAUUUUUUUCCAAAAAAAAACUAGUAAGAUUGUCAAAAUUGUGUAAAUUUUUCCUUAUUUUCAAUGUUUUAUAGAAUUUUACCGCAUUUUUCAGUGUUCUGUAUGGUUUCUAUUGGCCGAAUUGAUUAAAAAAUGGUUGGUUAAAGGUAGGUUCACAUCGAACGGGAUCGUACCGAAUCAUUAGUUCAUAUCUUCAAAAAUAUUCUUUUCAUGGAAUAAGUGACUACGCCACUGUAUUCUACGUAAAAAGUUCUCCGGGGGUGUCUUAUAUUGCAAACUUAUAAAAAAGACCCUGUAGUUCAGAAACGAAGAGGGCUAUAAACAUUUCCUUUACAACAUCUUCUGUUUAAUAAAAAAAGUGGGGCAGGUUUGUACAAACCCCAUUCUAGCUUCACUUAUAACGGAUAUGAUUUCAACCGAAAUGGAACACCCUGUAUAUACCUUAUAAGAAUAGACAGAGAAAAUUCAUUUUAACAAAAAUUCAAAUACUUUUGUGUAUACAGUACCGUGCCGUCCGAUCCCGAUAGAUGUGCACGUACCUUUAGAAUAUAACGUUUUUAGUACAUUCUGAACUCGCUUACUAGAAGGUUUUAAUGGCGUUUCAAUCCAAUAGAGACACUAGAAUACUGCCGGCUUGAUUUUUAACUUCAUUUCACUGUAAAAUUUAAAAAAAAAACGUAUUCUCUGUAAGCACGUUUAAUAAUAUCCCACUCAGAGCACUUAAGGUUGCAUUUACAAGUAGGUUUAGCUGACAUUUAUCGUAUUUGACGUAUUGACGCGAUCUCCCGUAUCGCUUUCGAUAGUAAAAGUUUGUAGGGACUUUGACAGAUUUAACUAGUAAGGGGCGUUUUGAAUCGAGAGAUUAUGAUGCGAUAUCGAUAAGGGUAGUAAGGGUUCUGUUAAUUUUCGAGAGAUACUUCACGCGCGGUUGCCAGUUUUUGUCGGUUAGGAAGAUGAUUUUUUUUGGGGUAUUUAGGCGUUUUAGCGAGUUACUAGUUGUAUUAGCUUUAGUUGUGAUCAUGUAAAAUGAGCAAUACUCCUAUAAGGCUAGUGUAUAGAAGCGUGGUCUGGAUACAGCAUAAUGGAAAAUCAAAUGCAUAUUAAAAAGAGAAAAAAGUUGGGUUGGUACAUUUCUUCUAUGCGGUAUUGCCGGAUUUUGCAUCAAAAUCUCAAACCACCCAAGUAAGCGUUUACGAAAAUGUUGCAUCUAGGGUUGGAUCUUUAAUUUCUACAAUUAGUUACUUAUUUUAUUACAUGUGUAAUAGAUUCUUAUUAAGCGUAGGUCACAGAACUACGUUAUCUCACUGGCGAAACUACAAAAACAAUCAUAGUAGUUAGUUUGAAUUUAGUCCAAAUGUUAUUGGUUCUAUGGCGUGUAGCCCAUGACACUGCAUAGUUUUAGAAUGAAGCUUUAACAUUUAAAAUACGAUUACUAUUUCUGAACAAACCAAUGAAUAGAUAUUUAUUUCUAUGAUAUUUGAAAAGAGGUGACUGCAGAUAUUUUAUUCCAAGUUUUCAAGCAACUGUCUAACAUAUUUGAGCAUUAUUAAAUAGCUUAUAUUAUCGUCGUUUAUUAUGGUAUUUCACACACGGAGCGGCAACGCUGUAUGCCGCUUUUUAUUUUGUCUUUUCCUCUCUCGUAUGCAUUAAUAUAUUUUUUUUAAUAGUCUUUACUAGCUUUAUGGGUGUAUUACUUAUUAGACUAAAUAAAAGAGGUAUAAUACAACUGGCAACCCUGAAACGUUCUGAAUUCUAUCUAGAUUUUUAAUUAUAAUUAUUGAAACGCGUUAUUGGUUGCCAGGUCAUGUAAAAUGAACCAAAAAAGGGUUAUGUAAAGAAUUGUAGAUUUUUGUAAAGUACUUAUUCCUAUAGAUUAUACGUGAAAAUAAAUUGAUGUAAAAAUCAAAAAAAGGCGUGUGCCAAUAGUGCUGUGGUUAUUUCUUAUAAGGGUUGUGUAUUGAAAUCUUUAUUUUACUUGACUUGUACAUUUUAAACAAUUUUAGCCUGUGUAGAUACAACUAGAGCACGUUUAAAAUUAAACCUAAUCAAAACUUAGUUUUAAAGUAAAAACACUUUUUUGGUUCGAUUUUAUAUGAUUCUGGCCCAGUGCGUCGCGAAAAGGCUGAGAAUUUAUAUGAUUAUAUACAGGGUGUUUCAAAAAACAUGUGCUAUCUCUAGUGGGGAGAUUCCUCACGUAAAAAUAAGAUUUUUUUUAUAUGUAUAGG